CCGGGUUUGGCGGCUAAAGAACCGCUAGCCUUUGACAUGGCUGCUGAUAGUGAGAAAUUUGAACACUUGGGUGAUGGUGUGAUUGCCAAGAAACAAGAAAAUACCACCGUGGUGCCAGAGAGUACAAUGAGUUCAAUGGAAAGUAGUAGUAAACAGGAAAAUACCGUGAUGGAGAAUUCUUCUACACCCAGACCCAACAGUGAAGAUGUAAUUGAUUCAUCGUCAGCUACUUCAGAGUUGGCAGAUAAGAUAGGAGAAUUCUUUAUGGAUCUCUUGGAUUUACCUAAAGAUGAGGUGGCUAAAAACAAACAACAACCUAUAGAGUCUAGGAUAGAAGCAGAGGAAGAGGAAACUGCUUUGGAAACUAGCAGUAAGGAUGAUGUUGAGGAUUUGAACGAUACUACCUUAAGAUUUGUAGCAGAUGAGUCUAGCGAGUCCUCUACAACGGAAUUAGUAACCAGCUCAACCUUAACUACAAGUACGUCUACUUCCUCCACUACCAGCAAACCGAAUUUCUUAAAUCUUAAGGAAUUAAUCUUGCAAAGAAACCAGUUGAAUAAUCAAAACAUAAAGAAAUCCAGCAGUGAAAGUUAUCGCAAUACGUCUAGAGUAACAAGCACAACUACCACCAGCACCACAGCCAAAACUACUUCCACUACUAGGCCUCCUAUUACUUCAACGACUAAGCAUUAUAAAAUCAAACCAUCUCAAAGUAAACCACCCACAAUGUUGGAUGAUUCCAAUCUUUUCCCCUCACACUCCAAAUGGCAGUUUGUCAAUAACUCGGCUGGCUCUCAAGCCGGUCACACCGGCAAUAUGCGUAAAGUGUUCAAUACCACUUUACAAGCCUGGGUAUCAGUGGAUGUUGAAAAAACUGAAAAUUUCACUUUAAACGAUUUAAAGACGAAAAUCAAUAAUGCCACUAACAUACAAGAUAUCUCGCUAAUUUUUGAUACUUUAGCCUCUAAACUGGGCAUAACACCCAGUGUACCCACCAAAGUGCCACCAUUUUCGUACAACAAACUAAAACAAACACAAAAUAAUGAAAUGAGGUCAAGGCCAACAACUACUAGAGCUACCACAACACCCCGAACCACAAGCACUAUAUUAGCUAGUACCACAAGCACACAAAUGGAUUCUUCAGAUAAAACCACACCCUCCACUACUCCAACACCAUAUGGUGAUUUGGUAUUUGAAAGAAGAGAACCUUUUAUUAAACCGAUGUCUAGUUUUAUUGACGAUUCAUCAGCCGAAGGUGUGGGUGCUGCUAUACCUGUAGUGGGCGAGGCUGAAGUGGAAGUAAUUGAUCCUACUAAAUAUGAAGAAAUGUUAAGAUCCUCACAAUUUGCUGAUUCUACUACCACAGAAACUACACCUAAACUGGUUACUCUUUUACCCGUGCGUUCAAAUUCUGGCAUUAGAACUUAUAAACCUUUCACAGAAUCGGCUAGAAGUAACUCAGACUCUCCUAGUACUUUAUCAUCUAUAGCCUCUUCAUCUACGUCUUCUUCAUCAGUUGACACCGAUUCUGCAGCCAGCUCACCAGCUGCUACUGUAUCAGUACAAUCAUCUUCCUCAUCGUCCACAUCAACAUCUACAGCUGCGAGAAAAAAGUCAGGUGUUGUAGUGAGUAAAACAAAUUCUUCGGCAACAAGAUCGGGUAUAACACGAAGAAAGCAUACUAAUCAAAGUAGAAGAUUUCCUCCUCCCGAAGCGGUUAUAAGAGGUGGUCUCAAAGUAACCGUUAAAUAGGCCGAAAAGAUAGUAGUGCUUGAAGAUAAGUUGGAAUAGGACAGGUGUUUUAUGAAAAGUGAUUUAUUGAUUCGAGAUUAGUUAUAAGAUUUUCCGAAAUAUUAUGUGCUGAGAAUUAUUAUGGUUAGAAAUUAAAUCUAGGUAAUGCUAACUAUAUAUAUAUCUAUUUCCACAAUCCUUUUGAGCUGGAAAUGUCAUUUAAAUUUAACAAAAAGCAACUCUAUCCUAGAAGUUUUAGAUCAGCUUUAGUACAGUUCUAGUUCAGUUCUAGUUC